CUUGUGAGUAACCUGACAAACUCAAUGUAACCUUAUGUAAAAAUUGAGUACAUCAUUCGUCAAUAUUGGUAUUAAAGCUUUUGGUCAAACUAUUUACAAUCAUGAAGCUUCGCCGUGGUAUUAAUGUUGAGCACAUCAAGCGCAUGACGCUGCGUACGAUACGUGAAAGAACUGAAGGCCAGUCAGAGACACUUGCAUUCCUGGAUGCACUCGAGCGCAAUGACUUCGAUGAAAAUCAAUGCAAGCGUGAGGCGCGCCAAAUGAUACUCACAUUGGAGGAAAAGAGAAAGCGUCGCGCUGCUGAACACCGCUCUACGCUCAACUUUCACGUCAUCCGCAUGAUGAAAGGGCAUCACGACCCGAGCCGCUAGAAAAUUGUUAGGCACAUGAUUUCGAGCAAGGGAGACAGGACUUAGACGGUGACCGACUUAAUCCUGAAGUUAAUGGACUGCUGCCAUCAAUGAUAAGCUACCUGCUAUCUAGGUGUUCGACCUAUUUUUCACAAUUCCUUAGCAUAAGUUAGUCUCAGGUUUAGCAUAAUGCCAAACUUCAUUUGAUAUGAUACAAAGAACUUUGUCAUUUUAUUAAGAAACGAC